AUGUUACAGCGGCUUAGCAGGGAAGUCUGUUUCAGUUCUGCUGAAAUUCACAGAUUGUCUGAUUUUAAAACUAAUUGUUUCUCCGGUUUAUCUGCAGGCUCGUUUGGUGCUUUGGCUGAUUGUCCUAAUCCAGCUGGCCUCUUCAUCACUACACUACAGAAGAUGGAAGCACUGAGUGGAUCUUGUUUGCAAAUCCCAUGUAACUUUAGUGCUGAACCAGAACAAGAUUGUAAUAGCAGCAGAGAAACCUUUGGAGUGUGGAUCAAAAAUGACCCUAAAUUUGGCGACAAUCCAAGCAAUGUGAUUUUCAACAGUAGUAAGACAGUUAACACGUAUCCAAUGAAUAUUACUGGAAACCUGAGUCAGAAAAACUGCACCACUCUGUUUUCCAGUUUAAUCACAAGUUAUACAGACACAUACUACUUCAGAAUCAUGAACUGGCCUUUCAGAGCAACAGCUGUUUGUGAUCCUCUUCAAAUAAAAGUUAAAGAUUCUCCUCCGAGCCCCAGAAUUGAGAUCUCAGGUGAUCUGAAGGAGAAGCAGUCUGUCACUAUAACCUGCUCAGCUUUCACUCCCUGUCCACACUCCCCUCCUAAACUCACCUGGAAUCUCCAACAAGACUCUCACAACCAAAUAGAGGAAAACACAGAUGGAACCUUCACAACUAAAAUCCAGGAGAGCUUCACUCUGUCAGACCAACAUGAUGGAUACAACAUCACCUGUUCUGUCAGAUAUCCUGUGAAUGAAGGAAAAGAUAACAAGACAGCAGAGGAGAGAAAGACUCUCAGUGUUUCAUAUGCUCCUAAAAAUACCUCAGUGUCCGUCAGUCCAUCAGGUUUGGUGUCAGCAGGUAGCUGGGUGAACCUGACCUGCUCCAGCAGAGCCAAGCCUCCCGUCAGCCGCUUCACCUGGUUCAAGAACAGCAAAGAUGGACCCAUGAUUGUAUCUGAAGGACCGUUUUACAGCUUCAAUGUGACAGAUGGAGGAGUUUAUUACUGUGUGGCCACAAAUGCUCUCGGCAAUGAAACAUCAUCAGAGAUCAAUCUGACCGUUAAAUCUUUAGAUUCUCCUCCGAGCCCCAGAAUUGAGAUCUCAGGUGAUCUGAAGGAGAAGCAGUCUGUCACUAUUACCUGCUCAGCUUUCACUCCCUGUCCACACUCCCCUCCUAAACUCACCUGGAAUCUCCAACAAGACUCUCACAACCAAAUAGAGGAAAACACAGAUGGAACCUUCACAACUAAAAUCCAGGAGAGCAUCACUCUGUCAGACCAACAUGAUGGAUACAACAUCACCUGUUCUGUCAGAUAUCCUGUGAAUGAAGGAAAAGAUAACAAGACAGCAGAGGAGAGAAAGACUCUCAGUGUUUCAUAUGCUCCUAAAAACACCUCAGUGUCCGUCAGUCCAUCAGGUUUGGUGUCAGCAGGUAGCUGGGUGAACCUGACCUGCUCCAGCAGAGCCAAGCCUCCCGUCAUCCGCUUCACCUGGUUCAAGAACAGCAAAGAUGGACCCAUGAAUGUAUCUGAAGGACCGUUUUACAGCUUCAAUGUGACAGAUGGAGGAGUUUAUUACUGUGUGGCCAAAAAUGAUAUCGGCAAUGAAACAUCAUCAGAGAUCAAUCUGACUGUUAGAAAGCCUCCUGUUAACUCUCCACAAUGGGGAAAAGUUCUUGGAGGAAUCAUUGGGAUCAUUGCACUGCUCUGCCUGGUUGUCUGUGUUUGGCGUUUGAAGUCGACACGCCCAACUCCACAACAGACUGAGAGUCAAACAGGUGAAGAGCUGACUGUUGCAGAGCCAGCUAGGAAAACAAGAGAAGAAGAAGAAGAGGAAGAAAACAUCCAUUAUGGAGAGAUCGACUUCUCCAAGAGGAGACCUGAACCGUCCUCUGACUCAGUGCAGGACAGUGGACGGCAGCAGGAAACGCUGUAUGCACAGGUCAAAGUAUCCAAGCCAGCAAACAGAUUAACUCACACUGCUGAUGGUCCAGAGGAUAUUUACGCUCAAGUUAAGAAUUCAUAAAGGUGCAGUGUGUAGGGUUGAGUUGAAUCUGUAGUUGCAGACAGCAACUCCCUGGAAACUACGGUCACUGCGAAACGUGCAAUAAGGCAAAUGACCUACCUCAAGAUAGUUUUUGUUGAUAUAAACAGCUUAUUUUAAGGUAACAAAAAUAGAACGAUUCCUAUGAUCAGGUGAUUGUACAGUAAUGAAAUCAUAGCUAUGAAUAUUAUAUUUAAUUUCUGCCUCCUAAAUAUGACACACUGGAGUUUUAAUGUUUUAUACAUACAAGAUGUCAGUUGAUGUAGACACUGGAGCCUUGAUUGUCAGAUAAGUGCAAAUAAAAGUGCUAAAGCCUUAAAAGCCUUAUCACACAGAAGUGGUUCUGCACACGCAGUCUAUUACAAGAUUAGAUUAGAUUAGAUUGUUGUCAUUUUGUGAUAUUUUCUGAUGAUUUUUGACAAGGCUUAAUAAUCUUGUUUUGUUGUGUACUGUAUAUCCCAUUUUCUUGAUACAAACCAAUGUCCUUUGUAUUGUAUUACUGCACAAGAUGACUGUUUCUGCAUUUGAGAAUAUGUAUUCAUUCAACUUAAUACAAUGGAUGGCAUACAAAUAAAUAUCUUAUCAACCAA